ACUCGUCACUGAAAAGAUAAGACACAUAGUAUAUAAAAGCAUGUCUUUGCCCAUGGUCUUUGGAUUCAUCAUGAAGGUUAUCAUUCUUCUUGCUCUUGUGGCUGGUGCCAUGGCCUCUCCGGCCAAGUAUUCCGUAAUUCGGGAUCUCUCCAAGUACCAGGAUAGAAGUGUCCUGUACCCAGGCAUCUUCAAAGGAGCUAACAAACUCCACAGGCCUAACUUGUACUCCAAGAUUGUGGGUGGAGAGGAGGCAGUCCCUCAUUCUUAUCCUUUUAUCGUGGGCAUGUUCAUUGACGAUAUGUACUUUUGUGGUGGCUCCAUCUUGAACGAAAAUUGGAUCUUGACUGCCUCCCAUUGCAUGGACGGAGCCAACACAGUCGAGGUCAUUGCUGGAGCUCACAAUAUCCGCGAAGAUGAGCCUACUCAACAAAAGAUGGUAUCCAGUGAAUACACAGUCCAUGAGGGGUGGACCAAUAACUUAGUUGAAGGAUUCGAUGUGACUGUAAUAAAGCUUCCCCAACCCUUGGAGUUCAACGAAAAUGUUCAACCCAUUACCCGUACCUCUUCCGAGCCCGCUGUUGGUGAUCUGGUCACAGCCAUCGGUUGGGGCAAGCCCAGUGAUUCAGCCGCUGGUAUCAGCGACACCCUCAACAUGGUGGACAAAUUGGACAUCAUUGAUCGAGCUACUUGUGGAGACACUUAUGGCUCAGUUCUGAGCGAAGAUAUCAAUUGUAUUAGUGCCAAAGAUGGUCGUGGCACGUGCAAUGGAGAUUCCGGGGUCCAUUGGUGGAUGCAAGUGGUAUAUUGGCUGGCGUCACCUCGUUCGGUGCUUCAGUGGUUGCGAGCUGGGCUUUCCCAGACGGAUAUUCCAGUGUGGCUAAGUUCAAUUCAUGGAUUGAUGACAACAUCGAGGCUUAGGAUACUUGAUAUUUAUCUUUCACAUGAGUACAUGACGACAAUAAAAAGCGUGUGAAAACUCCAUGAAAAGCGA